UUUCCUCUGAGCUCUAUAUCUGCUCCCAAGGACACCUUUAGCUUCAUUUCCUGCUCUUGCAGCCUCACCUGUGGUACUGCCAGAGCCAGCGGAGCAGGCAGGAAUGCAGUGCGCAGGACUCUUGCUGGUGGCCUUGGCUACCUGUGUGGCUCUUCAACCCUCAGAAGCCAUAUUGCCCUUUUUCUCCAGCUGUUGCACUGAGGUUUCACCACACCUUUCCAGAAGGCUUCUGAAGAUGGUUCAUACAUGUCACCUGCAGAGAGCUGAUGGGGACUGUGACUUGGAUGCUGUCGCCCUUUAUUUCGGGCGCAGAAGAUUCUGUGUUACCACAGAGAAUCAUAUGCUUAAGGAAUGGAUGAAAGCACAAGCAGCCAAGAAAAUUGGUCAACGCAUAAUUUGCCGCGAGAAGAAGUAUAAUAAGAGUUCAUCAAGGGGCACGUCAGUGGAGGGUUCCAUGACGGGCUGCCAUAAGACUUCUUCCUAGACAGCUGAUGCCAAGACCACAAAGACGAUUCCUCUAGUGAAAGGCAGCACUCACCUUAAUAUGAUCUUUUAAGAGGAGCUUGUAAUUUCUUCAAUUUUAUUAUUACCAUUAUUACCAGGUUUUCCAGGCCUACAGAGAUGUACAAAGAAUAGUACAAUGAGCACCUGUCUGUAUACCAGUCACAGAUAAUUUUACAACACAUACACACACACAAUUUUGCUAAGCCACGAAAAAAGUUGCAAACAUGACACUUCAUUCAAUUUCCUCUUUAGUAUUUUAAUUUGGCAUACUUUAAGAAUAAAGGCGCUGGGGCAGAGCAGGUUAAAGCCCUGGCCUGCAGUGCUGGCAUGCCAUAUGGGUGCCAGUUCAAGUCCCAGUUGCUCCACUUCUGAUCCAGCUUUCUGCUAUGGCCUGGGAAAGCAGUAGAAGAUGAUCCAAGUGCCUGGGCCCCUGCACCUACAUGGGAGACCUGGAAGAAGCUCCUGGCUCUAGGUUCCUGGUUUCAGAUCUGUCCAACUCCAGCUGUUGCAACCAUUUGGAGAGUGAGCCAGUGGAUGGACGACCUCUCUCUCCCUGUGUAACUCUGCCUUUCGAAUACAUAAAUAAAUCUUUAAAAAAAAAAAGAAUAAAGACAUUUUACUUUAUAACAUUAUCACUUUAUCAUUUUCUCUUAUAACAUCAUUUUCAUACCUAAAAACUAAUACUGUAAUUACAUAUUAUAUAUAUAUCACAUUCAAAUUUUCCUUUUUCCAGAAUGUUUUGUACAUUUUUUUUCAAUCUGAGGAUCAAUCAAGGUCACACAUUGCAACUAAUUGUUAUAUUUCUUUAGUAUCUUUUUAAAAAUAUUCAUUUGACAGAGCAAAAUAGAGAGAGUUCCCAACCUGUUUCAUUCUUCAAAUAUCUGCAACAGCUAAGACUUAGCUGAGUUGAAGCCAGGAGCCAGAAACUCAAUCCAGGUUUCCUGUGUGGGUGGCAACCAUUCAAAUAUUUGAGCCCUCAACUGCUGCCUUCCAGAGUCCACAUUAGCAGGAGCUGGAAUUAGAAGCCAGAGGCAGGCAUUGAACUCUUAUGGGGUACGGGUGUCCUAACUGGUGGCUUAACCAUAAGACCAAUUGCCUGCUCCUAUUAUCUUUCAAUCUAAGAAAUGUCCUCUAUUUGUUUUCUUUGUGCACAUGGAUGGACAUCUUGGCCAGUGUUCAUUCCACAUUCCGGAUUUGUCUGAUUGUUGCCUUAUAAUCAGGUUCAGGUUUACCAUAUUUGGUAGGAAUUUCCUAUGGGAAUUUGUGUACUUCCUAUUGUGUCACUUAGGGCUCAUGAACAUCCAAGUUUAUUUUCUAAAUAGAAAAAUUUAAGAUUAACAGCACUUCAGAACGUCCAAAUUAAAUAGCUCCUGUUGUUUGGAUUGAUAAAUUCUGAUGUUGUGAAGAAAAACAUAAACAAAAACAAAAACAAAAUCCUAUUUGCUCCUUUCUGGCUCCUGCAGUAAAUUCCUGAACAGCAGCUCUAGCCAGGGGUCUCGAGUUGGUCCCAUGUGGGGUGAUUUUACAUUUUCCCUAAAUAAGGAGUCACAGAGGCUUCAGGAUGUAUACUAGGAGCCCAGUUUUCAUAAACAGCUGUUGGAAAGCAGCAGGAGCCAUGUUACCAGGUGCCAGGUGUCCUGGGCUUCCUUGCUGGCCAGUUCCAGGCAGUGGCAUGGCACUCAAAGAGGUGCUGAGCCUGGUGUAGCUUAAAAUAUCCCCAGUCUCUUGUAUAACAUCCCUCAGUGACACCAGUGUAGCAGGUGAUGUGUUUAUUCCCACCAACAAAGCUUUGCACUGAUAUUCCCACUCUAUGGAAUGGAAGCCUGAGGCUCAAAGAGGUCAAAUGGCUUUUCCAAGGUCACUCAGUAACUGACAGAGAGAAGCCUGGAACCCAGUUCUCAUCUCAGCCCCGUAAUAAAUACCGGAAAGGUGUAGACACGGGGAUGGGAUGGAAGGGAGGAGAGGACCUCAGAUAAAGAUUUGUGACAGGGACUUCACAAGGGGGCAGGCGAUGCCUACUGACAGCUUAUUUUUGUGGAAGCCUGGAAUUGAAACAUGCUGCCCCUGGCAUUGUUGCUGCUGACAGUGACAAUAACCAUAGAUUAAAACAGGCCCUGACCUGACUCUAUGGAGUUUCACAUGCCUAGGCACUGGAGAAAACUGCACACAAUUUAUAAUUGUUGAUUAGCAAAAUCUCCCUCACCAGAUCUUUGUUUGAACUUAUGGACAGAUUUUGUCAAAAAUACAGUAUUCUUCCUAUUCAACCUAUCAUGGUUUUUGAUGUGAUAAUAUGAUAAUACAGGUGAUCCUAAAGAAAACAGAAUAUUCCCCUUUAAUUUGUAUUAUGAUCAUCCAUUGUCAUCAAACUGCAGGAUCUAAAAGCUGAAGAAAGCAACAUUAAAUAAAAAAAUGUUAAAAUGUG